AAUAAACCUGAUUAUCUCUGGAGAACACACACACACACACACACACACACACCUUGUGUAUUAUAUAUAUAUAUACACCUGCCAUAACCUCUUUAAUUUUCAUUCCGCUUUUUUAUAAGUAUUUUCUAUUUAUUAUCAUAAAUAGAAAUAAAUAAAAAAACAAAUAAACAUGAAUAAAAAAAUAAUACUAGUCACCGGAGGUACUGGUCUUGUUGGUAAAGCUAUUGAAAAAACUAUUGAAUUGGACAAAAAAGAUGAUGAGGAAUGGGUAUUUGUUGGAUCAAAGGAUGCAAAUUUAUGUGACAAAGAAAGCACAGAACAACUGUUUGAAAAAUAUAAACCAACUCAUGUAAUACAUUUGGCUGCUAUGGUUGGUGGUUUAUUUCACAACAUGUCACACAACUUAGAUUUUUUACGUAAAAAUCUCCACAUGAAUGAUAACGUUUUACAAACUGCGCAUGAGAACAAUGUUAUUAAAGUUGUUUCUUGUCUUUCAACUUGUAUAUUUCCCGACAAAACAACAUAUCCAAUCGAUGAAACUAUGAUUCAUAAUGGUCCGCCUCAUCCAUCUAAUUAUGGAUAUAGUUACGCAAAACGACUAUUAGAUGUUGCCAAUCAUGGAUACUUUGAGCAACAUAACAGACUUUAUACUAGUAUUAUUCCGUGUAAUGUGUUUGGACCUCACGAUAAUUUUAAUCCACAUUCCAGUCAUGUAAUUCCUGGAUUAAUAAGAAAACUAUAUGACCUGAUAAAAAAUGAUAAUACUGAAGAUAAAAUAUUUACAGUGUUGGGAUCAGGGAAACCUUUAAGACAAUUUAUUUACAGCUUAGAUUUAGCCAAACUUAUAAUAUGGGUUCUUCGUGAAUAUGAUUCGGUUGAACCAAUCAUUUUAUCUGUGGAUGAAGCAGAUGAAGUGUCAAUCAUCGAAGUAUCUGAAACUAUUGCCAAAGCUUUUGAUUUUAAAGGAAAAAUUGUAUGUGAUACUACAGCAGCAGAUGGUCAAUACAAAAAGACUGCUAGUAAUGCAAAACUAAGGAGUUAUUUAUCUGACAUACAAUUUACUCCAUUUGAAAAAGCGAUCAAAGAAACUGUUGAUUGGUAUCGUAAUAAUUAUAAUUUAGCAAGAAAUUAAGUCCUAUAUAUUUAUAUAUUAGGGUGUGUCAUAAUAAAAAAAUAUUUUUUUUUGUAGGUCUCAUAGUCUCAAAAGUUACUUCGAGACCAAAAAAAUAUCCUCCUAAAAAAUCCGUUCAAUAUCUCACAAAUUGAGCUGGCAUUUGACAUGUUCAUUUUCCUAUGUUAAAUGUAUGUAAAAUUGUUUUUUUAAUUUUACGUGAAAAAAGCCACGAAAUUUUUUUUUUUAUAAUUUUUGAAUUUAUAUGCCAAGGCUUAAAGCCGGAUGGCAAAAGUAUAUAAUUUGUACAUUGUCACUCAUAGUACUGUAUGUGACAAUGUACAUAACCAAUAUUAGUGAAAUUUGACAAGUUAAUAGGUACUAUCAGAAUCUAAAUUUAAAAAGAAUUCAAAUGUUUUAUUUUUAAAACUUUCAAGAGAAUAAGCAUUUAUGAAAUCUUUUGGUAGCUCCUGCCAUUACCGAAUUGCAGACACAACAAAGCCGAAUAACUUUUGUUCUGUUCACUUUACAAACAACAGAAAUCAAUCCAUUUUUGUAAAAAAUCGAAUUUGGCACAAGACCUCACUAGUUGAAAUAAAAAAAAAAAUUUUCAUUGAUUUCAUAGAGAAGAAAUAAAAAGAAAUGAAGCUUAUACAAAAAAUUCAUUUUUUUUUACAAACUUUGGAGGGCUGUAACUUUUUUUCUGCUGAGGUUACGAACUUGAUGAUUCAAACCUCUUUGUGAGAAAUUCAAUUUUCUACAAGCCAGCUCAACUUUUGAGAUAUUGAACUGAUUUUUUGGCAGGAUUUUUUUUUUGUCUUGAAGUAACUUCUGAGACGAUAAGACCUAAAAAAAAAAUAUUGUUUUAUUAUGACACACCUUAUUAUAUAUAUAAAAAUUUUUUCCAACUCCUAAUGUUUAUAAAAAUAUUACGUACUUAUUAAUAUACUUUCGUUUUUUUUUUAAAUUAUGGAAUCAGUUUAGUUAUGAAACUUGGAUGUUUGU